AUGAGCGGGAACGAAUUUCGGUUCUUCUUAUCAUGCGACAUCAAUCUCCCCGUGACUUUUCGGAUUGAACGGUUGGAAGGCCAGUUGCCUUCAUCCAAGAACCCUAAUUCAGGCGAUGUUGAUUCCACCUUAGAAAAGGAUAGGCCUGAGCUUUAUGUGGAAUGCACAUUGCAUCUUGAUGGUGCUCCUUUUGGACUUCCCAUGCGAACAAGGCUGGAAACAAAAGGCCCUUCAUAUUGCUGGAACGAGCUUGUAACAUUGAGCACCAAAUAUCGGGAUUUGACUGCUAACUCACAACUUGCUUUCACCGUUUGGGAUGUUUCGCGUGGUAAAAAUGAGGGAGUGGUUGGCGGGGCUACCAUUCAUCUUUUUAACAUGAAAAAGCAAUUGAAGACUGGAAAACACAAGCUCAGGCUUUGGCUGGGCAAGGAAGCAGAUGGUUCUGUCCAUACAUCUACUCCUGGAAAGGUUCCUAAGGAAGAACGCGGGGAAGUGGAGCAACUCGAAAAGCUUGUUAAUAAAUAUGAAAGGGGGCAAAUCCAAAGGGUUGAUUGGCUAGACCGACUAGCAUUUAAAGCAAUAGAGAAAAUCAAGGAAAGCCAAAGUAGUAAAAAUGGAAGUUCUCAUGUAUAUUUGGUCAUCGACUUUUGCAGUUUUGAGCAUCGAGUUGUAUUUCAGGAAUCAGGAGCAAAUUUCUUGAUACCAUCUCCUAUAGCUUCAAUCAAUGAACUGGUUACGGUGUGGGAUCCUGAAGUUGGGAAGAUCAAUCCUUCUGAGCACAAGCAGCUAAAGCUUGCUAGAAGUCUCAACCGUGGCAUAAUUGACAGGGAUUUAAAACCGAGCUCUACAGAAAGGAAGUCUAUCCAAAGAAUACUGAAGUACCCACCAACAAGGUCUUUGAGUGGGGAUGAGAGGCAGCUUCUAUGGAAAUUUCGUUUUUCAUUGAUGUCGGAGAAGAGAGCACUUACAAAAUUUCUUCGAUGUGUUGAAUGGAGUGAUGUUCAGGAAGCAAAGCAGGGAUUGGAACUGAUGGGGAAGUGGGAACCAAUUGAUGUUUGUGAUGCAUUGGAGCUUCUAUCACCUGUUUUUGAAAGGGAAGAGGUCCGCGCUUAUGCUGUCAGUGUACUUGAAAGAGCUGAUGAUGAUGAGCUCCAAUGUUACCUACUUCAGCUGGUCCAAGCUCUACGGUUUGAGCGCUCCGAUAAAUCGCGGCUUUCUCAAUUCCUCGUGCAGCGAUCACUGUGCAAUAUAGAGCUAGCUAGCUUCCUUCGCUGGUAUGUAGCUGUUGAACUCCAUGACCCAGCCCAUGCAAAACGUUUUUAUGCUACGUAUGAGCUUUUGGAAGAAAGUAUGCUAAAGUUGGGAACAGGUGCAAAUGGAGAUGAAGAUGGUGUGAAGUUGUGGCAGAGCUUGGUUCGUCAGACUGAAUUAACUGCCCAGUUGUGUUCUAUAAUGAAGGAUGUUAAUAAAAUCAAACGGGGAACACAGAAGAAAAUUGAAAAACUUAGACAUCUUCUAUCUGGUUUGCUUAGUGAGCUUACCUACUUUGAUGAGCCAAUACGAUCGCCGCUGGCUCCUGGGGUCCUCAUCACUGGUAUAAUCCCGUCAGAAUCAUCCAUAUUUAAGAGUGCAUUAAAUCCUUUGAGACUGGCAUGUCGAACUGCGAAUGGUGGAAUUUGCAAGAUCAUAUUUAAGAAGGGAGACGAUCUUCGGCAAGACCAGUUGGUUAUUCAAAUGGUGACAUUGAUGGAUCGUUUGCUAAAGCUGGAAAAUCUUGAUUUGCAUCUGACCCCAUACAGGGUAUUAGCAACAGGACAUGAUGAAGGCAUGCUGGAAUUUAUACCAUCUAAAUCUUUGGCACAGAUUCUCUCAGAGCAUCGUACUAUCAUAAGCUACUUGCAAAAGUCCCAUCCAGAUGAGGAUGGACCAUUUGGAAUAACUGCAACUUGCCUUGAAACAUUCAUAAAAAGUUGUGCUGGUUACUCAGUCAUCACAUAUAUCCUAGGCAUUGGAGACAGGCACCUGGACAAUCUUCUACUUAGGGAUGACGGUCGUCUGUUCCAUGUUGAUUUUGGUUUUAUUCUUGGUAGAGAUCCAAAACCAUUCCCACCCCCUAUGAAACUUUGCAAAGAAAUGGUAGAGGCUAUGGGUGGAGCAGAAAGCCAAUACUACACCAGGUUCAAAUCAUACUGUUGUGAAGCAUACAAUAUUCUCCGAAAGUCUAGCAAUUUGAUAUUAAAUUUGUUCCACCUAAUGGCGGGUUCAAAUAUAAAUGAUAUAGCUUCUGAUCCUGAAAAAGGCAUUCUUAAGCUUCAAGAGAAGUUUCGGCUGGACCUGGAUGAUGCAGAGUGCAUACACUUUUUCCAGGAUCUUAUCAACGAGAGUGUCAGUGCAUUGUUCCCACAAAUGGUGGAGACAAUACACCGUUGGGCGCAGUAUUGGCGUUAA